AUGCCUCGUGAGCUCGAGACCGAGAAUUCUCGCUUGAAGGCAUACUUGACAGAGCAUGGAUACGAUAUUGGUCUCUACGACGAGGCUCUUGUCCUUUUUGGUGGUGGAGGACAUCAAAUCCUUGCUUUUCUGCUCCUCAACUCCAUAAUAGCCAUGGCUGACAGACAAGACCCCAUUGUACUGGUCAUUGAUUUUCACCAUGCGCGGGGCCCAGAGAUCGAACACUGUAUAGCCGACGAAGGAACAGAUCCAGCAACUGAAAACGACUGGUCAUUACUUCCAUUCAUGGCCCUUUCCGACGGCGCACAUCUGUCUACCGAGGAAUUUUCUUACUUUACACUGCGUCGAAAAGAUGCACCUGCAACACCUGCAACUUCGCUCUUUGGUAUUUCUUGUUCGCGUCAACUUGAUGCGAGACUUCUUAUCAAUCGCCCACCGGAGGUGACGAGAUCUACGGUCCAAAAGGCUGUUGUCGUCAUCACGGAUAGCCCUCAGAGGGUAGGUCAAUUGCGCGAGAAAUUGUCUGUUGUGACCUCGGCGUGGUUUGCGCAGCGGGACUUUUCGGAUGUUGAUAUAUUGAGAAAAUUUCGCGAGGGCUUGGUUAUCAGUCUGCUAAAUGAUGGUCCCAUAGACCAGAAUCUCGGUCUUUCUCUCCGAGAGAUGAUUCAUGAAUUCAAAUAUCAAACACUAGUCCUUUUCAAGGGCCUUCUAUUGCAGCCAAAGAUGCUCUUUUUUGGCACUCGCUGUGAACGUUUAUGCAUGAUUCAAUUCUCACUUGUCUCUUUAAUACCCGGACUCAUCAAUAGUCUUCAAGACUGUGCAGACCCUUCUUUUGACAGCUACGAACAAAAUGUCGAGAAGCCAACUUCACUUAAAACGAGCGAUCGUAGCUCAUUAUUGGCUUAUAUGGGCUUACCAUUACAAAUAUUUGGCAAGGGGAGCAUGUUUGGGCCCUAUACUCCUCUACAGCAGCUGGAUCUGCUGGCCGAUGAUGGCACAAAGUCCUAUGUGGUAGGAUCCACUAACUCGCUGCUUUUGCAACAAAAAGACCGGUAUAGCGAUAUAUUGAUAAACCUUGAUGAGGACAGCAUCAGUAUCUCAUCGCCAACUCUCCGCAACGCCUUAAUUCUUUCUGCAGCCGACAGGCGCUGGAUAGAUCUUCUUACCCAGAUUGUCAAUGGAACCUGGGAUGAAGCCCACCCUUCACAGCCCAAAACGCUCGGCUUCAUGGGCUCAGAAGAGUUUAUCCGACUCCAGUUCGAGGAGUACCUGCUGGCCCUUUUAUCCUGCAUGAAAUACCACGAAGAGCUCAACUCGUGUACUUCUGGUGAUUCGCCCCAUCGGAGCAGGGCACAGUUGCAAAACUUCAACAUUGAAGGCGAUCCUGCGCUUGAUUUUAACGUGGAGUUCUUGACUCAGUGGAAAAAGACUUCGAAUUAUGCUCUUUUCUCGCGGCUUACUUCGGACGCUCUCCUUUUCUCCAUCACCGAGCCUAAACACCCAAGUGCUGGUGGUUUGACGAUGGAGGAUAUCCAGCGACGAGUAUCUCAGCAGGUGGCUGAUCUGCAUCUCGAUGAACGCGUGCGCGAAGGCCGAGAAGCACUCAACCGCCACCUCGCAACAGGCCACAAGAAAGUCACUUCUGCAUUCAGCAGCUUCUGGUCCGACAUUGAAUCCAUGCGCGAGGCCCAGCGGAAACGCACCGAGGAGAAAUUAAACUCCUCACAGCGUACCUCGAUCUCGCUAGACACCACCAGCUCUCCGCCACCAACCGAGGCGACCCUGGACUCUCCCUCCGACACCUCUGGAGCCUGGUUCAGCCCCCGCCAAAGGCCUUCUCUAGACAUAGCCACAGCACAGGCCUCUGCAACCGUAGUCAGUCAGAAAGCAACAUCGUACUUGAGCUCUUGGGGCUCCUGGGCCAGCGAGAAGCGCCGAGAGUGGCAAACGAAAGAAAAGCGCAGUUCGUCGCCAGCAGGCUCGAAUGCCGGCGUGGAUACGCCAGCCACCCUGACCACAUCUUCCUCAAAUGAAACCACCGAGUCAGACCGCGGUCGCCGUCGUUCUUUGGUACGAUACAGCGAGAACGAAGAUGGUCUCUCUCGCAGCCUUAGCCGCAGAAAACGAUGGAGCAAUAUCAUUCUGCGUCGGGAUAGUGGCGAAUCACCCAGACGUGACGAUGACCCCUCCGAAACCAUUUUCCCCAAGUCUCCACUGUCGCACGGGUAUCCGGCUCAUAAGCCCAAAGCCAUCGAAAAACUAAACCUUGUGGAGAACGACGAAAAGCCAAAACAUAAAGAACCAGUCGAUUCAGAUGGUUUUUCUGCUGUUUCGCUCAAUCUAGAUCCGGAACAGAACGAGAACACACCUUUAGAUCCAAGGAAGGCUGAAGAUGUGGGCAAGGCCCACCAACCUCCUGUCCUAGAAGACAAGGCCUUCGAGAAGGCCGAAGACUUAAACGACUCUACCCAUGCCGCGUGA